AUGGCCGUCGAUACAAGCUAUUUGACCACACAGGUCAACAACAUCGUCGACCAGCUCCAUGGCAUCUUUGACCAGAUUGGGGUUCCAGCUCACGAGCGUGAAUCGCGCGAGUCAGAAUUGUUUAAUGCCCUGUCAGAAACACUGAAUAACCAUCUCAAGCUUGUUGACGAAGAGAAAGACAAGAUGACACAAGAAGCACAGCGUCUCAUCACCGCCAUCUCGCAAAUGGAGGCCUCCUUAGGUGAUGAGCGAGCCAACGGACAAUACGAACUGAAUCGCGACGAUCUUCGCGUCACAUACCCUUUGAACCGAUGCAUCGCGUUUUUGCGCGAAAAAAAUGACGCCAUGGCAAAGUUGCAUCGCGAGCGAUUUGACCAGGUCAAGAAACUGGUUGCCGCGCUCGAAUCAUAUUCAUCCCACCUCGAAACUACCUUCCUACAAAUCGAAUUACCUCCGACAACCCCGGGUGCAGUUAUUCCCCCCAGCUUCGACCUUUCUCCUGCAUACGUGACCGCGCUGGAUUCGGAGUUCUCGCGCGUGUAUGAGGAAUACCACCGCCGUAUUACACUUGUGCAAUCAAUUUCAGAGGAGAUUAUCAAGCUCUGGGCGGAGCUUGGAACCCCUCAGGUGCAGACCGAUUCAAACAUCGUUCGGCACUAUCGGGAAUCGCCAGAACAGCUUGGACUUCACGAGACCGAUUUAACCAACUUGAUUGCGAGACGCGAUAAGUUGGUCGAAGAGAAAAAGGGACGCGAGCGCAAGAUCAAGGAGCUCCGCACGAAUGUCGAAAGCCUAUGGGAGAGAUUUGGAGUGGAAGAGGCCGAUCGCAAGGCAUUCCUCUCUGCCAACCGAGGCUGCGGACUGCGCACGAUCAACGAAUUCGAAGAAGAACUGGCUCGUCUGAAUGAGCUGAAGCGACAAAAUCUACAUUUGUUCGUGGAAGAUGCACGCUGUCGACUUCAAGAGUUGUGGGAUAGCCUUUUCUUUUCAGAGGAAGAAAUGCUGGACUUCACCCCGGCCUUCUCAGACGUCUGUAGCGAUGCUCUGCUCGAAGCCCACGAGGCUGAGAUCGCCCGCCUCGAGACACUCAAGGAGCAGCGUGCGCCCACACUUGAGCUGAUUGAAAAGCAUCGCAGCAUCCUAGCUGACAAGCAGGCGCUUUCCGCGUCAAGUCAAGAUGCCUCUCGACUGAUGGGCCGAGGAAAUAAGGGUGAAAAGCGUGACCCUGGCAAGCUGCUACGCGAGGAGAAGAUGCGUAAGCGAAUUGCAAAGGAGUUGCCCAAGGUUGAGAGUGAGUUGAGAAAGGAGCUGGAGCACUGGGAAGAUGAAUUCGGUCGACCCUUCUUGGUCCAUGGCGAGCGUUAUCUCGACAACUUAACUCCAGUUGUCUCCAAGCCACCUCCUCGCUCCAAGACUCCCUCUGCACCUCCAUCUACGACCAAGUCCGUUACCAACUCAAUUAAACGUGAUCCUGUAUCUCGCCCCGGAAGUUCUCUACGCGGACCACCACCUCCCCGAUCUGCCACGAAGACCCCGACCAGUGGUGUGCCUGUGAAGCACAAUACCAUUGGAUAUUCUGCAGCCAGUCGUGCCGGAGCACGAUCACCUUCCAAGCUUCCUGCACGAGCUCCCUUGAGCAACGUACCAUAUGGCACUACUUCCCCUGAGCGCCGCACCGGACCCGGCUCCUACUCGUCCAGCACGAUCAAUGGCAAGAUGCCGCCUCCUCGCGGGCCUCCUCCGAGAAUGCGAGCAUUGACUGUGGAAGCAAAGGACCGUGGCAAUUACAGCAUCGAUCCGCCGCGUUGCAAUAGCGCAAUGUCUUCUGCCUUUGUCCGGCCUGUCAGCCCCGAGGACGUGUAUGAUGAUCGUCAACGAUCUUUCAUGAGCGCCUCGGUAAUGUCCAACCACCGAUCGACUGGAUUCUCCCAGUCAUCUAUCUCCUCCCAAUCCUCUUUGAAUUCGUCGUUCCAAAACUAUCCACGAGUCAACCCCUAUCUAUCCCAGGCACCCCCUCCGCCUGCCCUCCGCCAGAUCUCCAAUUCAUCCACGGUCAUCACCGCGAACUCUGGGUCUGAGAACUGGGAGACUUUUGACGAUGGGUCCGAGUCCGAUGUCGAUGCCAGCGAGGUCUAUUACUCGAAGCUGCGGGCAGCACAGGGUAAGCGAUUCGCAGCCGAGGAGGCCACCGAUUUGGCAGGAAAGAAGUCCAAGGGUAUCCGCAGUGUGAGCCCAGAUGGGCCGCAUCCGGGUCAAAUGAUUCGUGUUGCUGGUAGCGACCCGGGAUGGACUGACGACUAUGAGGCUUACUGA